AUGCAAGCAACACACGUCGCCGCCCAGCACCUUGCGCGCAAAUGGGACGCGGUCAUCGUGGGUGGUGGCCACAACGGGCUCGUGGCAGCCACAUACCUCGCCAAGGCCGGCAAGUCGGUGUGCGUCCUCGAGAAGCGCCACUUGCUGGGUGGCGCGGCCGUCACGGAAGAGAUCAUUCCGAACUUUCACUUUUCCCGCGCGUCGUACGUCUUUAGUCUCUUCCGGCCGCAGAUCAUCUGCGACCUCGACUUGUAUCGGCAUGGCCUUGAAAUCUACCCGCGCGAUCCGUCGUCGUUCACGCCGCUGCUCAACGGGCAGAGCCUCCUUCUCGGCAGCGACAUGAAGGCCAACCAAGCCAGCAUCGCACAAUUCUCCAAAGCCGACGCAGCCAUCUACCCAGCCUACAACGCGAUGUUGGACGUACGUGGCCUUGGGCCCGGAUUCGACGUUGACGUAUUCGAAAUGACCGUGUCGACGGGGUCGAGAUCCGUAUGCGAUAGGGCCCGCAUGGAUGCACUCCGAUCGCUGGGCCACUUGGGCAUGCGCUGCGCCAAGCUCGGAUCGGAGCUUCCGACCUUUCUUGAGUUUAUGACGGCACCGGCCGACAAGAUUUUGAACAAGUGGUUUGAAAGCGACGUCCUCAAGGCCACGUUGGCGACCGACGCCAUCAUUGGCGCCAAGCUGUCGCCGUCGACGCCAGGGUCGGCCUACGUGCUCUUCCACCACAUUAUGGGCGAAGUCAACGGCGUCAAAGGCACGUGGGGGCAUGUGAAAGGCGGCAUGGGCGGCGUCACGUCGGCGCUGACAAAAGCGGCACUCGAAGCCGGCGUGCACCUCGUCACCGACGCCAGUGUCCAAUCGAUUGACGUGGCGAACGGUCGCGUCGCCGGCGUCACGCUCACCUCGGGCGACCACGUGGCAGCGACGACCGUGCUCUCCAACGCGAGUCCGUCCUUGACGUUUCUCGAGCUCGUCGACCGCCAGUACCUCCCCAACGACUUGGUCAAUCAUUUUGAAAAGGCGUGGAACACCGAGUCGGCAUCGACCAAGAUCAACGUGGCGCUGAGUGCGCUACCCAACUUUAGCUGUGCGCCGAACGUCGGGUCGGACGCGAUGCCGCACCACCGUGGCACGACGCACUUUGAGGACUCCAUGGCCCAGAUCCACGAUGCGUAUCUGGAUGUCCAGCAAGGCUACUGCUCGAGGCGGCCGGUGAUCGAGAUGAACAUCCCAACGGCCCUCGACGCCUCGAUCGCGCCCAAAGGCCAGCACAUUGCGCUGCUCUUUGUGCAGUACACUCCGUAUGCGCCCAAGGACGGACCGUGGACCGAUGCGAAGAAGGCGCAGUACGCCGACCAAGUGUUCUCGGUCAUUGAGCAGUAUGCGCCCGGCUUCAAGCAGUCGGUCCUUGGCUACGACAUGCUGACGCCGCCGGAUCUCGAGCGGAUCUUCUCGCUGCCGCGCGGCAACAUCUUUCAUGGCGCCAUGGGCCUCGACCAGCUCUUUUGGCUGCGUCCGCUCAGCGGCUACGCCGACUACCGGACCCCUGUCGACGGGCUCUACCUCUGCUCGGCCGGAACGCACCCUGGCGGCGGCGUCAUGGGCGCCUGCGGGCGCAACGCGGCCAACGUCUGUCUCCGCGACAUGCCAUGA